AAUGGUGUCUGUAUGAUUUCCGGAGGCUGUCGCCUUAGACCUCGGCCGACGUGAGCUGCAAGAGGGUGGCAGAUUGAUUCUCUCGUCCUAGUGGGGCGGAGACGGGAGGUCGGGGUCGGAGUCGGCAACAGAGAACCGGGCGCGGGCGGUGGAAGCCCCGGAGCAUUGGGCGGUGGUAGAGCCCAGCGAGUCUCCGGCCGGCCGCGGAGCGCUGAGCGCGAGGGCAGCUUUGCGGACGGCGCUAAACAGCGUCCACACCCCUCCAUCCCCCGAGCCCCCUACGAGUCGGGCCUUUGGGUGAAGAGUCAGCGAAUUUCUGAGAAGUGUACGGGUUCCCCCAGCUUCCCUGCACGCUCACCGUUUGGACGCUUAACGGGACUUCAGUCGCCACAUCUGCUAGGCACUGUACCUGGCAGCCCCAGAUCAAAAGUAAGUGGUUGCUAUAGAAGAAAAUUGGACGAACGAAAGAUUUUUGGGGAAUUUUUGCACAUCAUAAAAGAUGACAACAGCAGCUAGGCCAACGUUUGAACCUGCGAGAGGUGGGAGAGGAAAAGGAGAAGGUGAUUUGAGCCAACUCUCAAAGCAGUAUUCGAGUAGAGACCUACCUUCUCAUACAAAGAUAAAAUAUAGACAAACUACUCAGGAUGCCCCUGAAGAGGUUCGCAACCGUGACUUUAGGAGAGAGCUGGAAGAGAGAGAGCGAGCUGCUGCAAGAGAAAAAAAUAGAGAUCGUCCAACACGAGAACAUACAACCUCCUCUUCAGUAUCAAAGAAACCUCGAUUAGACCAGAUUCCGGCUGCCAACCUUGAUGCAGAUGAUCCUCUAACGGAUGAGGAAGACGAAGAUGAAGAUUUUGAAGAGGAGAGUGAUGAUGAUGAUACUGCAGCUCUUCUUGCAGAACUAGAAAAAAUUAAAAAAGAAAGAGCUGAAGAGCAGGCCAGGAAGGAACAAGAACAGAAAGCUGAAGAAGAAAGAAUACGUAUGGAGAACAUUUUGAGUGGAAACCCUCUCCUUAAUCUCACUGGCCCAUCUCAGCCUCAGGCCAACUUCAAAGUUAAAAGAAGGUGGGAUGAUGAUGUUGUUUUCAAGAACUGUGCAAAAGGUGUAGAUGAUCAGAAGAAAGACAAAAGAUUUGUAAAUGAUACGCUGCGAUCUGAAUUUCACAAAAAGUUCAUGGAGAAAUAUAUUAAAUAGUACAGUUUUAUGUGCUUCAUUAAAGACUGUAAAAUGUAAACGAUCAUUUUCACUUUUUCUUCUGUUUUUCUCUUUCCCCAUCUAAAUUGUGUAUAGGCUUCCCUCAUUUUAAGUUCCAAAAUAACCUGUCCUUUAUUGAUACCUUAUUUGAGGAGGACUUGGGAAUUGGUUUAACCUAGUUUCCUCAGAAUAUCUCCAGUCAUAUGUUUUCCUUUUAAUAUGGGAAAGGGAAUCUUGUAAUAAAUAUUUUCAAAAAUCGAAAUAACUAAGUCUGUGUCCCCAACUUUUUUGUUGAAAUGUAUGCAGCUUAUAAAACGUUGCAUAUUUUCUUUUGUGAAUUGUAUUUCUUUGUGUGUUAACUUCCUCUCAUUUCUUUGACAUUAAUUUAAGGUCAGUUAAUGUGUGAUAUCUUCACCGUGUCUUUUUAAGAAUGUGAUGGAGGAUGAAGGGCAUUCUAUUUUGGCCCACAUGUUCGUAUGAAAGAGAGUCAUCAACCUCUCUGCUCUCUGAGUGUGUGUCUGAGGACAUGUGGUGUAUCCUUCACUUCUGCAAGUGCUCCUUUCUUUUUCUCUUGGCCGGAAACUGCUCCUUAAGCAUGGCUAGGAAGCAUGUGGCAUUUAACCUAUAUUCUGGAUCCUCAACUGCCGUGUUUCUUCUUAAUAAGAGUUUGCCCACUGACAAACGUGAGAUGCAGAGCCUAGGAAAGUUUAACAUCAAAUAAUACAUGAAAUAAAACUUUUGGAAAUAGGA